AUGAGUGAAGAGAAUUUAUUCGAAACAAGUGUGGAUAAAUCCAAAUACGAAGUCACUGAUUACUCAAGUUAUCAUGCUGAUUUACCAAGCAAUUUCAUUGGUUUGAAUAUAAUUGAAAAAGCUGAAGAAUCUCCACUGAAAGAGUUCGUUAAAAGUCACGGAGGUCACACCGUUAUUUCGAAAGUUUUAAUUGCUAAUAAUGGUAUUGCUGCUGUAAAAGAAAUCAGAUCUGUUAGAAAAUGGGCCUAUGAAACUUUUGGUGACGAAAAAGUCGUCCAAUUCGUAGCAAUGGCUACUCCAGAAGAUUUGGAAGCUAAUGCUGAAUACAUUAGAAUGGCUGAUCAAUAUAUAGAAGUACCAGGUGGUACGAAUAAUAAUAAUUAUGCUAACGUUGAUUUAAUUGUAGAUCUUGCAGAAAGAUGUGAUGUCGAUGCUGUUUGGGCAGGUUGGGGUCACGCUUCUGAAAACCCACAUUUACCUGAAAAAUUAGCUGACUCGAAAAGAAAGGUCAUAUUUAUUGGUCCUCCAGGUAAUGCUAUGAGAUCUCUAGGUGAUAAAAUUUCAAGUACUAUCGUUGCUCAACAUGCAAAAGUUCCUUGUAUUCCAUGGUCAGGUACAGGUGUCGACAAGGUACAUAUCGACGAAAAAACUGGGUUAGUAUCAGUUGAUGAUGAUGUCUAUCAACAAGGUUGUUGUAACUCCCCAGAAGAUGGUUUAAUAAAAGCUAAAGAAAUUGGUUUCCCAGUCAUGAUCAAAGCCUCAGAAGGUGGUGGUGGUAAAGGUAUUAGAAAAGUAGAAAAUGAAGAAGAAUUUAUCUCCUUAUAUCAUCAAGCUUCUAACGAAAUUCCUGGUUCUCCUAUAUUCAUAAUGAAAUUAGCUGGUAGGGCUCGUCAUUUAGAAGUUCAAUUAUUAGCAGAUCAAUACGGUACCAAUAUAUCACUAUUUGGUCGUGAUUGUUCCGUUCAAAGACGUCAUCAAAAGAUUAUCGAAGAAGCUCCAGUGACAAUUGCCGGUCAAAAGACUUUCUCAGAAAUGGAAAAAGCCGCCGUCAGGCUAGGAAAAUUAGUUGGUUAUGUGUCAGCCGGUACAGUUGAAUAUUUAUACUCACAUAAAGAAGAUAAAUUUUAUUUCUUGGAACUAAAUCCAAGAUUACAAGUCGAGCAUCCAACUACUGAAAUGGUCAGUGGUGUUAACCUACCUGCUGCCCAAUUGCAAAUUGCUAUGGGUAUCCCAAUGCACAGAAUUAGAGAUAUUCGAACAUUAUAUGGUUUAGACCCACACGGUGCAGCUGAAAUCGAUUUCGAAUUUAACAACGAAGAAUCUAUGAAAAAACAAAGAAAACCAACACCAAAAGGUCACUGUACGGCAUGUCGUAUCACAUCUGAAGAUCCCAACGAAGGUUUCAAACCAUCUGGAGGUUCUUUACACGAAUUGAAUUUUCGUUCGUCCUCGAAUGUCUGGGGUUAUUUCUCAGUGGGUAAUAAUGGUAAUAUUCAUUCAUUUUCUGAUUCACAAUUUGGUCACAUAUUUGCUUUCGGUGAAAAUAGACAGGCAUCUAGAAAGCACAUGGUUGUUGCAUUAAAAGAAUUAUCUAUCAGAGGUGAUUUUAGGACAACUGUUGAAUACUUAAUUAAAUUAUUAGAGACAGAAGAUUUUGAAGAUAAUACAAUAACAACAGGUUGGUUAGAUGAUUUGAUUAUUCAAAAAAUGACUGCUGAGAAACCAGAUCCAACUUUAGCUGUAAUUUGUGGUGCUGCUACCAAGGCUUUCAUUGCAUCCGAAGCUACUCGUAAGGAAUAUGUAGAAUCUUUAAAGAGAGGCCAGGUUCCAUCCAAAUCUAUUUUACAAACAAUGUUCCCAGUUGAGUUCAUACAUGAAGGCAAGAGAUAUAAGUUCACCGUAGCUAAAUCUGCCGAAGAUAGAUACACCUUAUUUAUCAAUGGUUCCAAAUGUGAAGUUCGCGCUCGUAAAUUAUCCGAUGGUGGUUUAUUAAUUACAAUUGGUGGUAAAUCUCACACAAUUUAUUGGAAAGAAGAAGUAUCUGCUACCAGAUUAUCAGUCGAUUCUAAAUCAACAUUAUUGGAAGUUGAAAAUGAUCCAACUCAACUACGUACACCAUCCCCAGGUAAGUUAGUAAAAUUUUUAGUAGAAAAUGGUGAUCACAUCUCAUCUGGACAACCAUACGCAGAAGUUGAAGUUAUGAAAAUGCAAAUGCCUCUUAUUGCUCAAGAGAGCGGUAUAGUUCAGUUAUUGAAGCAGCCAGGUUCCAAUAUCGUUGCCGGUGAUAUUAUUGCUAUUCUAACUUUAGAUGACCCAUCUAAGGUAAAACAUGCUCUACCAUUUGAAGGUAUGCUUCCAGAGUUUGGUUCCCCUGAUAUUGAAGGAACUAAAGCAGCCCAUAAGUUCAACUCAUUGGUUGCAACUUUAGAAAAUAUUUUAAAAGGUUACGAUAAUCAAGUCACAAUGAAUUCAUCAUUGCAACUAUUAAUCGAAGUUUUAAGAAACCCUGAAUUGCCAUACACAGAGUGGAAAUUACAUAUUUCUGCCCUUCAUUCUAGAAUACCCCCUCAUAUUGAUCAACAAUUAGAGCAGUUGUUAGAAAGGUCCAUAAAACGCAAUGCAGUUUUCCCUGCUAGACAAUUAAGUAAGAUUUUGGAAAGUUCUAUUAAUGACGAAAGUACCGAUGCCUUAUUUGAAGCUACUAUUUCCCCAUUGUUAGAUAUUACUAAACGUUAUGAGAAUGGUUUACAAGCUCAUGAGCAUAACGUAUUUGUUCACUUUUUAGAAGAAUAUUAUGAUAUUGAAAAGUUAUUCGCAGGUCCAAAUGUUAGAGAAGAAAAUGUUAUUUUAAAAUUACGUGAUGAAAAUUCUGAAAACCUUGAUAAAGUUGCCCUAAUGGUAUUAUCCCACGCAAAGGUUUCUGCUAAGAACAAUUUAAUUUUAAAUAUUUUGAAGCAUUACCAGCCAUUAUGCAAGAUGUCUUCUGAAGUAGCAUCUGCAUUUAUGCAACCUUUACACCAUAUCGUCGAAUUAGAGUCCAAAUCUACAGCUAAAGUGGCAUUACAAGCAAGAGAAAUUUUGAUUCAAGGCGCUUUACCAUCGGUUCAAGAAAGAGUUAAUCAAAUUGAACAUAUAUUAAAGUCCUCCGUUGUUAACACUUCGUACGGACAAACUUCAGUUAAAUCAAGAGCGGAACCAGAUCAAAGGAUUCUAAAGGAUUUAAUUGAUUCAAAUUACGUUGUAUUCGAUGUUUUAACACCAUUUUUAUGCAAUCAAGAUCCUGCUAUUGCAUCUGCUGCUGCUCAUGUCUACGUUCAGCGUGCUUACAGAGCGUACACUGUUGGUGAGGUAAAGAUUCAUAAUGGGUUUUCCAAUGUCGUAUGUGAAUGGAAAUUUCAAUUACCAACUGCAGCUUUUGCUGCCGCUCCACAAAUUAAUAAUAAGAUGGGGAUGAAUAGGGCAAUGUCUGUUUCCGAUUUAUCAUUUGUUGUUGACAGUGAUACAUCACCAUUGAGAACAGGUUUAUUAAUUGCUUCCGACCACUUAGAUGAUAUUGAUACUGCUUUAUCUCAAGCGUUGGAGGUAAUUCCUGUCCAUUCUGCUAGUAAUGGACCGGGCCCAGAUAGAUCUAGUGUUUCUGCAACUUUAAGUAAUGUUGCAAAUAUCUAUGUCCACUCUACUGAAGGUUUCGAUAACGAUGAAGCCGUAUUGGUCAGAUUAAAAGAAAUUCUAAAUGAUAAUAAGUCUCAAUUAGUUGAUUCUUCUAUUCGUCGUAUAACCUUUAUGUUUGGUUUUGAAGAUGGUGCAUAUCCAAAGUACUUUACUUUCAGAGGACCUUCGUACAAAGAAGAUGAAACAAUUCGUCAUAUUGAACCAGCCUUAGCCUUUCAAUUAGAAUUAGGAAGAAUGUCAAACUUCAACAUUAAACCCAUUUUCACUGAGAACAGAAACAUUCAUGUUUAUGAAGCCGUUAGCAAAACUUCUCAAUUAGAUAAAAGAUUUUUUACUAGAGGUGUUAUCAGAACAGGUAGUAUACGUGAUGAUAUCUCUAUCCAAGAAUAUCUAACGUCAGAAGCUCAUAGAUUAAUAAGUGAUAUACUUGACAAUUUAGAAAUAAUUGACACUUCAAAUUCAGAUUUGAAUCACAUGUUUAUUAACUUUUCUGCAGUAUUUGAUAUUUCUCCUGAGGAUGUUGAAGCUGCUUUUGGUGGAUUCUUAGAAAGAUUUGGUAAGCGUUUAUUAAGAUUACGUGUCACUUCUGCUGAAAUUCGUAUAAUAAUCAAAGAACCUGUAAGCGGCACACCUGUCCCUCUUCGUGCUUUAAUCAGCAAUGUAUCAGGUUAUGUUGUCAGAGCUGAACUAUAUACUGAAGUUAAAAACUCUAGAAGUGAAUGGGUGUUUAAAUCAUUAGGUAAACCAGGUUCUAUGCAUUUAAGACCUAUUGCUACUCCUUAUCCAGUUAAGGAAUGGUUACAACCUAAAAGAUAUAAGGCACAUUUAAUGGGAACGACUUACGUUUACGAUUUCCCAGAACUAUUCCGUCAAGCUUCUACAACGCAAUGGCAUAAAAAGGAUCCUAAGACCAAUGUUUCUGAUUCAUUUUUUACAUCACAUGAAUUAAUUGAAGACGAAAACGGUGAAUUGACAGAAGUAGAAAGGGAACCUGGUGCCAAUUCUAUUGGUAUGGUUGCCUUUAUCAUAACCGUCAAGACACCUGAAUAUCCACGUGGUCGUCAAUUUGUUAUUGUUGCGAAUGAUAUUACUUUCAAAAUUGGUUCUUUUGGCCCUCAAGAAGACGAGUUUUUCAAUAAGGUCACAGACUAUGCCAGAAUGCGUGGUAUUCCAAGAAUUUACUUAUCUGCUAACUCUGGUGCAAGAAUUGGUAUAGCAGAAGAAUUAAUUCCACUAUUCAAGGUCGCUUGGAAGGACGAUAACGAUUCUACUAAAGGUUUUGAGUACUUAUACUUGACAGAAGAAGAUAUGGUCGUAUUGAAGAAGCAUGAUAAAGACAAUACAGUCAUUACCGAACGUAUUGUUGAAGGUGGUGAACAGAGAAAUGUUAUCAAAACUAUUAUUGGUACCGAGGAUGGUCUAGGUGUUGAGUGUUUGAGAGGGUCUGGUUUAAUUGCUGGUGCCACAUCUAGAGCAUAUAAUGAUAUUUUUACCAUUACUCUAGUCACAUGUAGAUCUGUCGGUAUCGGUGCCUAUUUAGUGAGAUUAGGUCAAAGAGCAAUCCAAAUCGAAGGACAACCAAUUAUUUUAACUGGUGCUCCUUCAAUCAACAAGUUACUUGGUAGAGAAGUCUAUGCUUCCAAUUUACAAUUGGGUGGUCCACAAAUUAUGUAUAACAAUGGUGUUUCUCAUUUAACAGCAACUGAUGAUUUAGCAGCUGUUGACCAAAUUCUGCAAUGGAUUUCUUACAUUCCAGCUAAGCGUAAUAUGCCCGUUCCUAUUUACGAAACUGGUGAUUCUUGGGAUAGAGAUGUAGAAUACAAGCCUUUACCAAAAGAACCUUACAACGUUAGGUGGUUGAUUGAAGGUCGUGAUACUGAUGAUGGCUUCGAAUAUGGUCUAUUCGAUAAGGGUUCUUUCUUUGAAACUUUAUCUGGUUGGGCAAAGGGUGUCGUUAUUGGUAGAGCUAGAUUGGGUGGUAUCCCAUUGGGUGUUAUUGCUGUGGAAACAAGAACUAUUGAAAACGUUAUUCCAGCCGAUCCAGCCAAUCCAGAUUCAACUGAAUCCAUUAUUCAAGAAGCUGGUCAAGUUUGGUAUCCAAAUUCCGCCUUUAAAACUGCACAAGCCAUCAAGGACUUCAACAAUGGUGAGCAAUUGCCUUUGAUGAUCUUAGCUAAUUGGAGAGGUUUCUCUGGUGGUCAACGUGAUAUGUACAAUGAAGUAUUAAAAUACGGUUCUUUCAUUGUCGAUGCCUUAGUUGAUUAUAAACAACCUGUUAUGAUUUACAUUCCUCCAACUGGUGAAUUAAGAGGUGGUUCAUGGGUUGUUGUCGAUCCAAAUAUCAAUCCAGAUCAAAUGGAAAUGUAUGCUGAUGUUGAAUCUAGAGCCGGUGUCUUAGAACCUGAAGGUAUGGUCGGUCUAAAAUACCGUAGAGAGAAAUUAUUAGGUACUAUGAACAGAUUGGAUGAUAAAUAUAGAACAUUGAGAGCUAAAUUAUCUGACACAUCUUUGUCUGAUGAGGAACACCAAGAAGUUUCCAAGGAACUAGCUCACCGUGAAAGACAAUUAUUACCGAUUUAUCACCAAGUAACUGUCCAAUUUGCUGAUUUACAUGACAGAACUGGCAGAAUGCUUGCCAAGGGUGUCAUUAGAAAGGAAUUGGAAUGGUCUAACUCUCGUCGUUUCUUCUUCUGGAGAUUAAGAAGAAGAUUGAAUGAAGAGUAUUUAAUCAGAAGACUAAACAAAAGCUUCAAGAACUCUGCCAAUGUCUCUAGACUAGAGAAAAUAUCCAGAAUUAGAUCAUGGUAUCCUUCGUCUAUCGACAACGACGAUGAUCAAGCUAUAUCUAAGUUCAUUGAAGAAAAAUAUGCUGUAAUUGAUGAAAAUUUCAAUAAAUUAAAAGUGGAAACUGUUGCUCAAGAUUUAGCUAAGAGUUUCAGAAGCGACCAUGACAGUACAAUUGCUGGAUUAUCUGAAGUAUUAAAAAUGUUAUCUACCGAAGACAAGCAAAAACUAUUAAAAAGUUUAAAAUAA